UGCAACGGGGCGGCACAGGACCUGUUUGCAGGCACUAAAGUGUAUCUGUAUGAUUCUUUCCAAGAGGCAGCCCUACCAAUUCAGCACAAUGCAAUCUACGAAGCAAGCGAACGAAUAGAACGUAAAAGCGCAUUACGUGCAGUCACACAGGCACGUAAACGCUUUUGCAAAGCUGCCAAAGCUGUUAAAAGCAGACGCAGCCAGCCUUCGGGAUCACUUGUUAUGCUUUGCCUAAACCGACUACCAAAAUCCGUGGGCGUCGCACAUUUCUAUUUUUUUUAACAACGUUUCCUUCGUGUCUCGUCUCGCCCUGUGAUUCAUUGCCUAACUUUGCAGUUUUCCUUCGCCUGGCCGCCACUCAAAGUCCCGUCCGCAUUGAUGAUCUAGAGACGACAGAAACGGGGUCAUUCUGUUCUGCUAGCUUUGAAUCAAGGUUCACUCUGUUACAAACCAAGGACUGGCGAUAACGUUUAGAUAAACGACAGCACAGAAAGUGCCCCAAGGAGCGCAGCCAUAAAACGUAUUGUCGACCGGGUCGUCAGCGACGCACGUUCUUUUACGAUCACGGACGAGGCUGUGGCUGGACGUGAACGAGUGCCUGCACAUGGCUGCCGCCUCAGUGGACACCGUGCUGGACAAGCUGUCCCGCUGUCAUGUGGUCAUCUUCGUGUUCGCCUUUAUCCGAGGCUUGCCUGUCACGUGGAACCUGAUGAUGCCAGUGUUCGUGGCACCGUCAGCAGUUGAGUUCCGCUGUGCCGACGCAUUGAAUGAGACUGUGGCGACAUCCAGCGACGGCGGUCACCAAAUAUGGACCAACAACACGGCGCAAUGUUUCCGCUUAGCUGGAACCAAUGCCAGCGAACCAUGCGAAUCCUGGGUCUACGACCGCAGUGUAUAUGGCAAAACGGUAACUGAAGAGUGGAACAUGGUGUGCAGCAACAGGUGGAUGGUUUCUUCUUCCCAGAGCAUCUACCUCGCUGGCAUGGUUGUCGGAACAGUCGCUGCAUCCCACAUUUCCGACUGGUUCGGCCGCAAGAAUACCAUACUGGGCGGAAUAGUGCUCUCAGUGGCAGCGAGUACCAUGACGGCCUUCUCGACGUCGGUCACCAUGUACUACAUCUCGCGGUUCAUUGUGGCCCUGGGAAUCUCCGGAUACGCGGACGUCAUUUACACUCUGAUCAUGGAGACGGUGUCGCCGCGCUACCGCUACAUGCCGACAAUGACCAUGGGCAAUGGCUGGACGACGGGCAUGCUGCUGUUGCCGUGGCUACACUACUUGACGCGGGAAUGGCGUGCCACGCAGCUAUACGCAGCGCUACCGCUGGCGCCGCUGUUCGUGCUCGGCUGUUUUUUGCCAGAGUCUCCCAGGUGGCUGAUGGCAAUGGGCCGGUUCCCGGCAGCCAAGCAAGUGGUCAUAAGGUUCGCCAGGAACGCCCCAGCGCAUGUUGUUGACGACAUCAUCGAUGAGGCCAAGCGCAAAAAGGCAGCGGCUCGUGACAUUGGCAGAGCAAGCAUCGCUGACUUGUUCUCAACAAAGGUUUGGGCCAGAAGAACGACGCUGUUCAGCUUCCAGCUGAUAAUUUCCAGCUUGGUAUGGUACCACAUGACAGUCUCCACGGCAGCCGUGGGUGGCAAUCCGUAUGUGAACUUCGCCAUUGGCGCAUCAUCCGAGUACCCGGUGAAGCUGAUAAACGUGGUGCUCAUCAAGUACUGCCGUCGCCGGUUCACCAUCUGUGGCACGAUGUGCUUUUCGGCGCUGAUCAUGGUCGCCCUCUGGCUUUUGCCCCCCGAAUACUCGUGGCUGCGGCUGGGCCUUCUCAUGCUGGGUAAGGUGGGCACGUCGGUGAACGGCGCAGUGCUGCGUGUCCAGCUGAGCGAGACGUACCCGACCGUGGUGCGUUCAGUCGCCAUGGGCUUUUGCUACACACUCGGCAGGCUAGGCUCGGCUCUGGCACCCUUCUUCGACGACUUGGGUGAGGCGACGCAACCGUGGGUGCCAAGCGUGGUGUCGGCAGGCCUCUGUAUAGCCGGCGCCGGCGCAUCCUGGCUGCUUCCGGAGAGCUUCCAGAAGACGCUGGAGGACGGGUUUUCCAAUGGCGAGGCCGCAGUGAACGAAGCCGCUGCCACCACAAGCUCCAGCCCAAAACAAGUCUAUGUUCUUGAAAUGACGCACUUUUAAGUGUACUAGACGACCAGAAGUUUUCCUCGACAGCGGACAACAUGAUGGCAGAUAGAAAUAUCGCCGCACCCGAGGCAGUUGUAAGCAAAGACGUUUCUCCAACCAACCUCGAAAAAGUUUGCGAAGUGGCUACAGCCAGCCUACCAUGUUUAAAUAUCUUCCGCACUUGUUCAUAGGCUAGUCAUUUUAUAGUUUAAGAAAGACACUGCUUAAAACGCUCGCGUGAGACAAUCGGACGACGUAAUAUCAAGGCGUCAUCAAGCGCUGGAGCAUGUCUUAUGAAGGGGACAGAUAAUCGCACGAAUGACGCGAACACCUGAAUUCGUUUUGCCGUCACCAACAGUUGAAAUCAUCGUUUGAUUCAAUAAAAGCGUAAACCAUU